UAGAAAUUAAAAUUUAAUCAUAUAAUAAUGCAGUGUAAAAAUAAAAAAAGAUCAAACAAAUAUUUUUUAAACUCUUUUAAUAAUGGUAUUAAAAUUAAAGUAGUAGGCAUUAUAAAUACUAUUGCCUUUCAGAAGGCACGAAUAUGUGCAGAAAAAUUAUAUCAACACUUAUCAUUUAAAUUUUCUAUACCACAAAUUAUAGAAAUGUUUCAAGUAGAAUGGCAUGAAUACAUUCAUAAAUUAAAAAGACAAAUUGGAGGUAAAAUAUGGUCAUUAACACAUACUGUUGCUGUUUUUAUAAAUGAUGAAUAUCUUGGUAAUGAAGUAGAAUUUUUUUAUUAUAUAAGUCAAGAUUAUAUCUUUAGUUUACCUUUUGAAAUAGAAUAUUAUGAAAAUCUUGCUAUUGAAUGCUGUAAACGAUUUAUGGAAAAAUCUAAAGUAAAUUGUUUAUUAUUAAUUAAAAAGAAUUUUAUUUGUUUAUUUUGUUUAUUAUUGAAUUUAAUGAUAUAAAUUGUUUACUAAUAUAAUAAUAUUAAAUUUUA